AUGGGCGAAAAAGAAGGAGAGGCAGCAAGCUACGGAAACCUAGGAACACUGUUUCGGUCGCUUGGUAGAUAUGACAAGGCUCAAGAGUAUCAAGAAAAAGCACUCGCUAUCAGAAUUGAAAUCUGUGACAAAGAAGGAGAAGCAGCAAGCUAUGGAAACCUAGGAGCAUUGUUUGAAUCUCUUGGUAGAUAUGACAAGGCCCAAGAGUAUCAAGAGAAAGCACUUGCGAUCAGAAUAGAAAUGGGUAACAGAAAGGGACAAGCAGUAAGCUACGCAAACCUAGGAACAUUGUUCGGAUGGCUUGGUGAGCAUGACGAGGCUUUUAGAUAUUUCGACGCAGCGCUUUUAAUCACAAAGAGUAUUGGCUGCAGAAGAACUGAGGCCAUUAUUUAUGGAAAGCUGGCGGUUUUGUUUUUUUCGAGUGGUAAAUUUUUAAAGGGUGACGAUUAUCUAAAGAAAGCACGUGGAAUAAGAAUGAAACUCGGUGACAGAGGAGGAGAAGCAGAAGAUUACAGAAAUCUUGGCGUUAUUUCUUUUCAGCGCGGUGAAUAUACCAAGGCUCAAGAAUAUCUCGAGAAAGCCCUCGGUAUUCACUUGAAAAUGGGCCACAGAGCUGAGGAAGCACUCGAAUACGUAAAUUUAGGAGCAUGUUUUAAAUCACUCGGUAAUCAUGACGUAGCUGAAGAUUACCUCAAGAAGGGUCUCUUAUUAAGCAAGGAUAUUGGACACAAUCUCAUUGAGUUUAAAUGCCUUUGUAAUCUAGCAGUGUUGAGGCUAUCACAAUAUGACCGUAAAGAGGCCGUUUCACAGUCGUCACGCGUUAACUCCCGUCUUCAUCGAUAUUUGUCCUCAAGUUAUUUCCGUCGAAAAGAAACAAAGCCAGCGGACGAAAACUGGUUAUGCUAUAAAGCUGGUCGCAAGUACGCAUCCGCCACAGGCUUUUUACGAGCUGUUUUCGUGCCAUAUGAAUUUAAAGAGAGGGUUAUAACUGAAUGGCCUACUGAUAUGUCGGCCGAUAAUGUCCUUGGCUGA